GAACGUAGUUCACGGUCCAACGAGAGACUAAGGAUGUGGUGACGGACUGGUAGUAGUUUAGAAAUUCAUAUGUACCCAGAUAUUACCUGGGUCUCUUCCUUCAGCUCCUGGCCUGAGCGAGUUUCCUACCCUAAGCUCUGAUUGUCGAUUGCAAGACCCCUUUGGGCCCCGCGCGCUAUCGAUUUCUCCCUGAUCUCCUGUCCCCUUCCCUUUCAACCUUCCUUCUUACAACACCCAUUCUGACCAUCCGCAAUGAAUUGGCUCAAAUCUACCCUCUCCGCUGUUGCGGGAACGCAGGAACCGAUCUAUGGCCCUGAAGCCAUCCAACCUGUCUCUCAGCAACAGACCGAAGAUGCCCCUUACAAAGAGCUUACCAAGGAGGAUUUGCGGUGGCGCGCCUUCCAGUACACAAAUGUCGAGACCCAGACGUACUAUGCCAUGGCCGACGAUGGCACGCUAGUUAUGGUUCAGAUCAUUUACAGCAACAUCGCUGGAAUUCAUACUACCGCACAGUUCAACUGCAAGAUCUUCAAUACUUCAGGCGAUGGAAACCCCCACAUCUGGUUCUCCGAUCCUCUGAGCAACCACAUGUUCGAUGAGAGCAUGUUCUCCUUUGCCGCUGAUAACAUCUCUCUGUCUUUGAAUGAAGCGGGCGAUGCAUACGCUCUUAAAUCUGCUGUGAACGAAGGCUGUCUCGUGGAUUUGACUUUUGCCCGCACCUCGCCGGGUUUCGCCAUCGGCAAGGAUGGCACCACAUACUUCGGUACAGACCCCGAGAACCCAUGGGGCUCUAUGCGUCAUAUGUUCUGGCCCCGAUGCAGUGUAGCCGGAACUAUAACCACCAAGGAGAAGGUUUAUGACAUGAAGGGUCGAGGAUUGUUCUCCCAAGCUCUUCAGGGCAUGAAGCCCCACCAUGCAGCUUCCCGCUGGAACUUUGUUAACUUCCAGACGCCCUCUUUCUCUGCUAUCAUGAUGGAGUUUACGACCCCGCCCUCUUACGGCUCGACCGUGGUAAAUGUUGGCGGUGUCGUCAAGGACGGCGAGAUUAUCUACGCGGGUACCACCAACACCGCAACGCACACAGAUGCGUCAGAGGACGAAACUAGUAACUGGCCGGAGCCGAAGUCUAUCAAAUGGGUGUGGGAGGGUAAGACGAAGGACGGUAAGCCCGUCACCGCCGAGCUUGACGGCUCUCUUGGGCCAAAACUUGACCGUGUCGACGUCAUGGCCGAAGUGCCAGGUUUCAUCAAAACCAUUGCCGGCAGCGUCGCAGGUGCGCGACCAUAUAUUUUCCAGUACUCGCCUCAGGAGAAGCUCUCCCUGAAGCUCAAGGUCGGCGACGAAGAAUUUACGGAGGAAGGAAGCAUGUUCUCCGAGGCGACUUUCAUUUCCUGAAUGUUUGAACGUACAUAAAACUGUUCCCAGGAUUAUCAACGGCGUUUGAGUGCUUGCUCAAGACAUGUGCCACGAGAAUUACAUUACAUAUCUAUAAAGUAGCAGUCUAGGUCUGCAUAGUGUAUAGUUAGUUUAAUCCACAAUGUGCUUUGCUCAUUAUCAGUAUGCCCAGGCAGAGAAUCGACUCAUUUCAACUGGCUAUGGCUUAAUAAGAC